AUGGCCCACCCUAUCCUUGCCCAUUCUUGGUCUCAUCUUCCAACUGCUCAUACAAUUAUCCCUUCAUCCACCACACGGACCCCGUCACCACUUUCCCUUCACGUGGCAAUCCCUUACUCGCAUCCUCCACCUCCCGCACCUGCUCCUCACCUUCACUUCCUAAUUACAUUUCUAGUCAUUCAUCUGCAGGGCCCACACAAGUUUCCCCAUUUAUCAUUUCCUCCUUCCCCAUCCUUCACUCAGAGAGUUAUGCUAAUCUUUGUAGACCCAUGGCAGCAAAAUACUCUUUUCUCUUCUCCUUUGGCAGACCCUGUCACCCUCACCGUUAACCUCCUCCUCUCCUCUGGCCCAGAUCUUUCCCAAAUCCACUUUUCCUCUGCUCCAUUCGCUUCUCUUUUCAUCACCUCCACACAAUUUUUUUCUCCACCCGCACUCAACCAACAAAUACCCAUUUCUCACUCACAGACAUCUCCUUCCAAAUCUACCGGAGUCCGCCUAUCACCAUAUUCACCUCUUUCCCCAUUUUUCUCUGCAUCUCACACUCCUCCAAUCAACCACCGGAAUCACUGUGCCUCAACAACCCAAACCCGUUGCCACCGUCACCGCGGGAGCCACCCCCCCACGCAUCUUCUCCUUGCAGCCCCAUUCACGUCCCCUAAUCAAAAGCCCCAAACACCCGCUCCUAUUUGA